AUGGCGAAGAAAGCAUUGGCCAAAGAUCAGAUCGUCAAGCUCAUUGUGGGAGCUGGACAGGCCAGCCCGAGUCCCCCCGUCGGUCCAGCCCUGGGUAGCAAAGGUGUCAAGAGUAUGGAUUUCUGCAAGGAAUUCAACGCCAGAACCGCACACAUCAACACGGGAGUGCCCAUUCCCGCCCGAGUGACCGUCCGUCCCGAUCGCUCCUUCACCUUCGACCUCCGCACGCCGACGACGACAUAUCUCCUCCUGCAAGCGGCGAAUGUGGAACCCCGCAAGAACCGAAUCCGCGGCGCCAUGAACCCCGGCCACGAGACCAUCGGCAAGGUCUCCCUGAAGCAUGUGUACGAGAUCGCCAAGAUCAAGCAGUCCGAGACGCGGUUAUCGGGCCUGACUCUCCCGGGGCUGUGCAAGAGUAUUAUGGCGCAGGCCAAGUCCAUUGGUAUCCAGAUUGUUCCUUGA